UUUCUUUUUUCCAGCAUCUGGGCUUUUACGCACGGAGUGAGAGACGGUCCGUGCGGCGGGUCCUGCCCUGCGGGGGGGCGGAUGAGCAGCCUCCGUCCCGUCGUCCACCGUGUGGCCCUGUGACUUCACCCCGGGGUGUGGAGGUGCGGACAUCGGCACCAGAAGAGUGGAGUUCAGGGUGGAGGAGGAGGAGGGGGGGACGACUGCCUUUCCAGCUCAGGUUUAAACCAUGGCCAAUGAACCUGUCAUCCUUAACGUGUAUGAUAUGUACUGGAUAAACGAAUACACCUCCAAUCUGGGAAUUGGAGUCUUCCACUCAGGCAUUGAGAUUUAUGGCAGAGAAUUUGCUUACGGCGGUCACCCGUAUCCCUUCAGCGGCAUCUUCGAGAUCAACCCGGGAAACGCCGCAGAGCUGGGAGAGACGUUCAAAUUCAAGGAGGCCAUUGUUUUGGGCACCACAGACUUCACAGAGGAGGACAUAGAUAAAAUCAUGGAGGAGCUCGGCAAAGAGUUCAAAGGCAACGCCUACCACCUAAUGCACAAAAACUGCAACCACUUCUCCUCCUCGCUGUCUGAGCUGUUGUGCGGGCGGGAAAUCCCCCGCUGGGUCAACAGGCUGGCGUACUUCAGCUCCUGCAUCCCGUUCCUGCAGAGCUGCCUGCCGAAGGAGUGGCUGACCCCGGCCGCCCUGCAGAGCCACAUCAGCCUGGGGCUCCACAAAGAGGAGCAGAACGAGUCCAGCGACGAGGACCCUUCGUCGCCGUCGGGCGGCGGCGCCGCCGCCUCCGGCUCGUCCCACAGCUGUCGCCAUACCCGGGUGUGAGCCGUCCGCCAUCCUCCACCCGUCCCGCCGCCCCACGCCCACAUAUAACGCCGACACCUCCUGCCACCGCUGCCGGUGGCGCUCGCAGGCUUGAACAACCACCUGACCUCACACUGUCUGUCCUCGGAGAGACGAGGGGCGGAGCGGCGGAGCCGAUGCCCCAGACUUCACGCCGACACGGACUCUGCGCGGCCUCCCGACGGGACGGCGGGGAGAAGGAGGCCGACUUUAACUCCAGCACCGGAGCGCGGCUCGGACUUCAGCGGCCGCCGCCUGUGGAGCAGAAGCUUGUGACUCUUCGUCGUUUCCAGAAACGUUUAAACCUCCGUCAGCCUUCCCUGCCCUGCCUUCAGAGCUGCUUUUGUAGGAAACCUAGAUAGCGACACCUGAUAGUGACAUUACCAGGACGACUGCUAACCUGCUCAACAAGUUCUCGUUCAAUAACCUCUCUGUGGCCUUCCGUUCAUAUGGUAGACUCUGCUUUCCCUGUGUGGAACUUUUCUUUGGCCAUGUUUGAGGGUUCAGUGAGUUAAAGAGGAUUUGCUGCCUGAAUGAGAGCAAAUGUUGCAUGUUGAAAGACGAAACCGUGUCGCCGACCGACACUUCUGAUCACUCCGUCAAGAGUUUUCCUUUUUUGCUGAAAGAAAAUCUCCCAAAACAGGGAUUGUUUCAAACUAUGGGUCAUACGUGUGGUUGUAAACAAUCAAGGGCAAAUACUGUUCGGUUUCAACCCUUGGCUGGUUCGGCGGCCUCGGGCUCCCUGGUAGCUAUCUGUGAACAUCUCAGAGACACAAACACAAAGCUAGUGAAGCUGCUACUCCACCCGGUGAACUCUUUGUCUAUGUUUUUAUAUCCAGCUGAUCUUUCUAUGACAAUGGUGCAAGAAAAACAAAAAAACACAUUACAGCGAUGCCCAAAAGUCUUGUUUGGAUGACAGCAGUCAAAACAUCUAUUUUCUCCAACUGCCACCAGAAACACAAAGCUGAUCUGCUUCACAGUUCAGAGGAAAACACGACGUGCUUUCUGGUUUCCACGCGGUUAAUAAGACACUCCGGCCCGCAGCUGGUUUAUUCAGCCAGGAGGGAUUUUAAAGUUUGAGUCUGUGAGGCCUCCAACAACACAUCCUCCAACUCCUCAUUAGUUUAACCUUGUUUAGGUUCAGUUGAUUCUGGGAAGCAAGUGAGACCACACUUGGAUAAUUGAACCCUUUAGAGACCCAUAAAUUCAUCCAGGGUGGUCUGAAAUCUCUUUUCACGUCACUUCAGACGAGAAUAAAAUGCAGAAAACAUCAGUUUUGAAGUGGAGAAACAUUAUCACUCCUCAGAUGUUCGUAUCUCUGAACAGUCCUUUUAACUAAAUGUUAUUAUUCCUUCUCCUCUCUAUGUAGACCCUUCUUUUGAAAACUACUUCUUAACCUAGCCUAUCUCCACCAUGCUAGCUGUCUGAAUCAUGGAGAUUUGCUAGUUUACUCCCACACAAAGAUUAGAUGAAUGCAUCCUCCGUUUCAAAUGGGAUUUGAUUAUUUUAAUAUGGAUGUAAGUGACACCAUGAUUAUGUUGUUGAACACCUCAGACACUCCAAAAAUGAACUGAUUUCAACUCCUUUUACAGAACUGUAGAUUGAAGUCUAAUGCAGUUUUGUAAGUGGAAAAAAACAAAACAAAAACUAUAACCCAGAAAUCCUCUAUUAUUACUAUUUGAAGCCCCCUUAUUUAAAAAACUAUAUCUAAUCUAGAUAGUGUAAGCCAUAAUAUCCAGUUGAACUAUUCCCAUUAUGAUGCUUAUAGGCCCUCCACACACUUUUAAGACAUUUUUCUUGUUCCAUGCAAUCAGUCUUAUUAUCGGGAUCCCUCUCUUGAAAAGCUCAUAUUCACUAUGAAAACCUGUCUCCAUCAUUCUUGGAUUCAGCUGAGGCUACAGCUGUAAUAUUUGUUCCUUUCAAUAUCCAGAAAUCCAGCCAUGACAGUGUAAAAUCACUGUGAGGCGACAUAAACAGUUUUGUAAUCAACAUUGAUACAUCUUUGAAGACGACAGGUUAUAAAACUUCUUAUUCCUCAAAUCUCUGAACUCUCCUUUAAACCAAAACACAUCCAAUUGUUGUCUUUUUAAUGGACUUUUGGCUAUUAUUUUUCUUUUUGUACAUUGAAUUUCCCUGAACUCAAUUCAGAACUCCAUUUCUCACGUCCAGUGCUGUCAGCUGAUUUCAGAGUGUGAGUGUUCCUCUUAAAGAAAUAUGCCCUCCGGCUCCUCGUUACUUUUAUUUGUUCAGUUUAAUUUGGUUCUCAGAUGCCAGUGAGACCAGGAUUGCAUAAAAAAAAAACACCUUCACACUACAGUCUUCAUUAAAACCCAUAAAACUGCUUUAAUGAGGCAACAAGUGGUUUCUCAAGUGGAAAAAUAUGAUUUAAGUCCAUAAUACUUUAAUUGUCCAGUCUCUGAGCUGUCUCUUUCACCAAAUGAACCACGUUCAUGGGUGUUUAAUUUUUCUUUCUUAUUUAUUUCACCUUAGACACACUGAACCUCCCAUAAAAUGUAUUGCAGCCUUCCCGAAGACCACUUUGCUAAUCUCUUGUUUAGACUGUUUUGACUACAAAUGCCAGCUAAAUCAGCCAUCAACAGUCUCCUAACGUUUCUAUCAGUAUUAACAAAAAAAGAUCAGUGAUGAAAGCGUUUGGGGAACCUCUGUCAGUGUAGCCAAUCAUUAAGAGGACAGAAACCUGGUUCAGUUUUUGCACUCAGACUUGACUUAACACACAUAGGGCAUUAUUUAUAUAAUUUAAUUCCAGUCUGAUACACAGAAAUUUAGAGGGGUUAUUCACAUCUAAAGUGAUGUAAACGUACAUUUUUGAGUGGUUAAUUGUUAUAUAACGGCUAUGGCCUCAUCUGAAAGCCAAAAGAAACUGCAUGAGCAAUGUGGAGGAUUUACUGUUCCAAACUUUGUCCGAUGGGAAGUCCUGAGACUCCUAAAUCAGCCUGAUUCAGCACAAUAAAUCUGAGUUUUCUGUGUGAGAAGUGGGUUUUCCCAGAGGAGCAGAAAGUCUGGAGAAUAGGUUCAGUGCAUGUAAAUGUUUGGGAGACCUUAUUCUCACUUUGAAAACAUGUGGUCUUGACUAUUUUAAUCUUUUGACGGUUUCCAUAUUUUACUUGGUUAAGGUGCGUUUUGGUGAAUUAGAACUAAAAUAUAACAAAUAUAAUCACAUUAAUUUGAACCAGUACAUGUUGAAGGGUUCAGGUUCAGUUUUGGCCACUCGGACCUCAGCCUGUGUACUCAGGGUGACAUACACAUGAUACAUGGGUCAAAUUGUUUUGUUUCGACCCCUGUGACUCUAAACGCCACAUAAGGAGGAAUAAUUCUCAAAGUUAUUGCGAUUUUAUUAGUGACAUUGACUAAUGUGAUAACACAGUCCAGAUUUUCCUCCCAUCUUGUAGACAUUAGACUUUAUCGAACCAGACAUAACGUGUCAAAGGCGUUGGCAGCCACAUUUUGUGACCUCUGGACAGAGCCAACAGUUUUUUUUAUUUAUCCCCCUUUACAAGUAUGAAUGCUACGCUACUCUAAACUUAUCCUCCAGACAGGAAAGUGGCCUCGGGCUCUCAUCAAGAAUACAAAUGAGUUUCCCACAUGUUCACUUGCUCCAUUUCCAGAAAGCACUGGAGGGCGAACGCUUUUUGAGUGGUCGCUCAUUAUAUCAAAGGUGGCUGCAGUGGAAAGAGCAAAAGGGGAAAAUAUGAUGUCACAAGUUAUUUCCAAACUAUGGAUUUAGCAAGUUCAACUACAUUAAUGAGUAUUUAAUCCUGAAUAAGGAGCUGGUGAUCAUCCUGAUGGUGUCGGGAUCCUUGAUAUUUCUUGAAGUGAAGGAAGCCUGCUGUGGUUUUAAUUUCCCCUCCCUCCCGUCCCUCCUGUCGUAGUUGUGUCGAUGGACAGCUACCCUCUCUCAGGAAGGACAUCACGUUAACCUGUGGUGAUGACAGACGUCUCACUCCUGCUGAGCAUCUUUAUCAGCGGGGUUAAAAGUGCAGAUUAAUGUUUUAAAUUCAUGUGCUUCGAUAAGCUAAACCCCUAUUUAUUUCUGUCUCACUUUUUGUUACGUGUGUCUGCAUUCCCUUUUUUUUUCUUUUCUUUCGUUUUUGCCAUUUUUUGACUCAUGUUGAGGUGGAUGUACAGUGACAAGUAUUACAUGCUCUGAAAGUCUUUGGCACUUUUUAUAGAGCAAACCAGACAAGUUUUUUUUUCUAUUGUACUGUGUAGACGUAAACCUUGUAUCUCCUUUUCCUAACCUGAGACAAUUUGAAGAAUGAUGAUAGUCCUAGAAUAAAGAGACAGAAUACCAAG